AUGAUCAGGACCCUACUGCUGUCCACUUUGGUGGCUGGAGCUCUCAGCUGUGGGCUCCCCACUUAUGUGCCCCAGCUGCCCAGGGUGGUUGGAGGUGAAGAUGCAAAACCCAACAGCUGGCCCUGGCAGGUCUCCCUGCAGUACAGCUCCAGUGGCCAGUGGCACCACACCUGUGGAGGGUCCCUGAUAGACCAAAACUGGGUUGUGACAGCCGCCCACUGCAUCAGCUCCUCCAGGACGUACCGCGUGGUGCUGGGCCGACACAGCCUCUCCACGGACGAGCCCGGCUCCCUGGAGGUCGCGGUCUCCAAGUCUGUGAUCCACCCGGACUGGAACUCCAACCAGCUCUCCAAAGGGAAUGACAUCGCCCUGCUCAAGCUGGCCCAGUCCGUCCCCCUGACAGACAAGAUUCAGCUGGCCUGCCUCCCGGCUGCUGGCACCAUCCUUGCCAACAACUACCCCUGUUACGUCACCGGCUGGGGAAGGCUGCAGACCAACGGGGCGCUCCCUGACAUCCUGCAGCAGGGCCUUCUGCCCGUCGUGGACUAUGCCACGUGCUCCAGCUCCAGCUGGUGGGGCAGCUCCGUGAAGACCAACAUGGUCUGUGCUGGCGGCGAUGGCGUCACCUCCAGCUGCAACGGGGACUCGGGUGGGCCGCUGAACUGCCAGGCAGCUGACGGCCAGUGGGAGGUGCACGGUGUGGUCAGCUUCGGGUCCUCCCUGGGCUGCAACUACUACCACAAGCCGUCCGUCUUCACGCGGGUCUCCAACUACAUCAACUGGAUCAGCUCGGUAAGAACCGGGCGAGCCCUGGGCUCUGUGGGCCCAGCCCCGCUUGCCUGGCCCAAGAGGGCAGUGCCCACUGGGGGUCUGAAGACCCCCACCCUCCUCCUGAGAGAUGGCAGGAGCCCCCCUGAGGAGGCUGCAGAACCUGACCAACUCCUGCAGGGCCCCCUCAGCCCCCAAAUCUCUGUGUGUGAGGAAUCAAGUGAAAAGGAACGUAGAGGUUGGUCUUGA